CCCAAAUGUACUGGUCACAUGAUUAUGACAUCAUCACAGGUCCUACACCUCCAGCAUGUAGCAGAUACAGAGCAGGUCCUGGUGACAGUGACGUCAUCGCAGGUCCUGUAAGCACACGGCUCCUCUACAGAUACAGGUUUCUCCAAUCCAGGAUCCUCUGCUGAUAUCUUCUAUAUAAGAGAAUUCUCCUGGAUGACCCAUCAACCAUGGAGAGAGACAGGAACAAGAUGGCCGACAGGAUCAUAAACCUCACCCUACAGAUACUCUUCCGGCUUACUGGAGAGGAUUACACAGUAGUGAAGAAGUCCUCUAGUGGGCGCUGUCAGGCCCCUAUGUGUGAAGGAUGGGGAAGAACCCUGAGCCCAAUCCCGGGGACCCCACCUCACUCCCUGAUACAUAAGGAAAUGGAUGAACAGAAGAUCCGAGAACUCAUCAACAAGAUGAUGGAGCUGCUGACUGGAGAGGUUCCUAUAAGGUGUCAGGAUGUGGCGGUCUAUUUCUCCAUGGAGGAGUGGGAGUAUGUAGAAGGACACAAGGAUAAGUACAAGGAUCAGGUCAUGAUGGAGGAUCAGCAGCCCCUCACAUCACCAGGUAAUAGACAUGGCUAUAUACACACGUCCUCUCAUUAUUUGUAUGUAAAGAAUGAAAUCAGCCUCUGUAUGUGUUCCCUACAGUCAGAUUCAGUAAGAGAACAGCACCAGAGAGGUGUCCCCGUCCUCUUCUUCCACAGGAUGAUCAGGUAGAUGGAGAAAUUCCCUAUCAUCUGUAGAAGGGCUGUGAAUCUCCUGUGGUCAGUCCCCUCACCCUCCAUGACUCCUCAUCUCCUGCUCAUCUAUAACAUCCCACGUGACUUCUCCUACUGUCUGAUGACUUUUACUAUAUUUCUUCCACAUCUUAUGAAUCAGGGUGAAGAU